AUGCUGGUCCCAGACGGGCUCAGCUCCAGAGACUCGCCGUAUCGUGGGUGCUGAGUAGUGGGCGCUCUCCGGAGUCGUAACUGCCAGCUGGCAACCAUGAAUGAAUGGAUGAAGAAAAGCCCCUUAGAAUGGCAAGAUUACAUUUACAAAGAGGUCAAAGUGACAGCCAGUGAGAAGAAGGAGUAUAAAGGAUGGGUUUUAACCACAGAUCCAGUCUCUGCCAAUAUUGUCCUCGUGAACUUCCUUGAAGAUGGCAGCAUGUCUGUGACUGGAGUUAUGGGACAUGCUGUACAGACUGUUGAAACUGUGAAUGAUGGAGAUCAUAGAGUGAGAGAGAAGCUGAUUCAUUUGUUCAUGUCUGGAGACUGCCAAGCGUACAGCCCUGAGGAUCUGGAAAAGAGAAAGAACAGCCUAAAGACAUGGCUAGAGAAGAACCACAUCCCCAUCACUGAACAGGGAGAAUCACAAAGGACUAUCUGUGUGGCUAGGGUCCUGACUAUAGAGCCACCAUAUGGUCCCGAAAACUGUAUCAGUUCUAAUGAGAUUAUUCUGUCCCGUGUGCAGGAUCUUAUUCAAGGACAUCUUACAGCUUCCCAGUAAGACACCAAAAAUUAUAAAUGAGAUGAUUGAAAUCAGACUCCAUUUUUUUUUCCUUCAUAAAGUGUUUUGAAUUUUAAGUCCAUCAUAUUACAGAACUUUAAAGGCACAUGUGUGUGUUUUAAUUCUUUGUUGUUUUGGUAAAAUCAAAGGUGUGGAUUAUGAGUGCUAAUUUCUUUGGGAAAUAAGUGAACUGGGACAAGGAUAGCAUCACAUACGUAAAAUUGGCACAGGGACAUCAGAACUGUAAGGAUCAUUUCUUAUAUUGGGACUACAACCCCAUUUUUGUUUGGCAAGAAAUAUAUUUGGAAAAAUGCAACAUGUUAGAUUCAGUAUAACAUGUUAAGGUAAAAUCACAGCCUUAGUAAGUCUCUUUUUCUUAUGCUGCACGAACUGUAUAUGUUUGUUUAUUAAAUGUUUAUCUUUUCUUGUAUGUAGUGAAGUAGUUUUUGAAUCAAAAUAUAUCCAGGUUUUGACUUUUAAUAAAAUCUUAACACAUAAGCCGUAAAACUUGCAAAGCUUUUAAAGUGAGCAUCUGAUCUCUGAGGAAAAAGGGAAAUGUGACUACCUUUUCCGCUGUUGUCCUCAGUCUGGCUGCUUUUGCUUAGUGGAGUCAGCCCACACUUCAGGCUUUCAGGCUCAUGGUGACUUCUGCCUGUAGUCCUUACUUACCGGGCUCAAGCUUCACUGAGGGAAGAGAAUGCAGGAAGCGUGCUUCGCCUGCACCAAGCCCUACCCAAUGGGAGCCAGUCUGGGACCGGGACUCUGUAUGGAGGUUUCUAGACCAGAGAGGCAUCUCAGAUUGUUAGUUUGGGGUCUUUUUCUGGGGGAUAUCUAGAGUAGCCUCAAGGUUCUUGCAUCAGUUGGAACUCUAAACCCCUUGCCCGCUAGGACUGGUUGGCAAACUAUGGACGCUCAGGCCAAAUCCAGCCUGCCACCUUCUUUUGUUAAAUAAAAUCUUGAAACACAGCCGUAGGGAUUGUUAUGUAUUGUCAGUGGCUUCUUUUGCGAUACAAUGGCAGAGCUGAAUAGUUGAAUAGAGACUACAUGGCUUUUCUUUGUUUCCUAGCCCUUAUAUUUACUGUGUAGCCCUUUACACAAGAGAUUUGCCCUAGAUCUGCCCUAGAAGAUCCUUGAACUAGCCUGGUCUGCCGGGAGUUAGGGCCAACUUCCCACUGCAGUUUUGACCUGGACAGGCCCUUGAGACUGCUACAAGCUAAACUCUCCCAUUUCUCCCUGGUCUGUUCACAAGAGAAUUGACUGGGCAAACAGCUCUUUCUCAGUCAGCUCUGUGUUGUCUGUCCCUUGUCAUCCAUACAAAAGGAGAAUGGGUAUCUUUUGGGAGAAAUGUUUUUAAAUACUGAGGUUUUAGAGUAUUUAGGUUAUUUCUUAAAAGUUUUUUUAAAAUACGGUUUGAUAACAUAGCUAAGUUAUUUUCUUGCAUAGUUGUCUAAUAACAGGAUCUUGUAGCCCAGUGCUUCUCACUCUAAGGAGUCAGAAUUAGCUGGAGAGCUUGUUGAAACAGAUUGCUGGGCCCUACUCCCAGUAGAUUCUAAUUGAGUAGGUCGGGUGGGGUCCAGGAAUUUACAUUUCUAACAAACUCCCACAUGAUGGUGAUGCUGCCAGUUCAGAGACCCUACUUGGAGAAGCAGUGUAGAACUUUUAAGGAACAAAAGGUCCCUCCUUCACAGCUUUAAAAUGCUGUGAUCCUAAAAGCAAAAUUUAGCCCAUGGUCUUUUUCCUUGUGACUAAGGCUCUCCCAUUCAAACCCUAGAAUGCCUUUGGGAAGCAGAAAGGAAUGAGAAAUAAGAACCAAUUGAACUUGGCAUGGGAAGUAAUU